AUGACGGAAGAAAUAGACCUCGUCAACCGGGACCCAAACAACAUUAACGACCACUUGAGGGUAACAUUCGAGGAUAUUUUGGCGGAACCAGAGGGUGCUCACAGUCUUGACUGCGUUUGGAAAUGUUCGCACCGGUGCUUCACGUGCUGGAAGGACCUGUGCUAUUACAUUAUGACAACACUGUGUGCGAUCUGUAUUGCCGCCGAAUGGGGCUGCGAGUUUGCGUAUGUUUCUUUCGUACACGUCUGGUACGUGACCCCCUUAUUCAAGCUUCUCGAGAUCAACUGCGCGUGCUUGCAAAAACUGUACGGCAUGUGUAUCCACUGUUGCAUGGAUCCAUUCUGUGAGGCAAUGAGCAUCAUCUUCACGCCAUUCAAACGCUAA